AAACACCAAUCAGUACUUUUAAAAAACAUAAAUGUAUUUUUACCAUUUAAAUAAAGUUUACAUUCUAAUCUUGGUGUCUGUCUGCAUGUUGGUUAAGUGGGGAGGUGAAUAAACUCCAGGGUGAAUGCUAUCAUAUGUAUGGAAGAAUGCCAAAUAAGUGUGGUUUCUUCAUACAGGGAUUGCCAUGAUCUCCCUCAGUGAAUUUGGUACAGGCUCACUAUAUAUUUACUCCUGGUUCUGAAAAAUCAUGAAGCUUUUGCUUCAAAAAGACCUCUAGAUAUUGAUCCCCAUUAUAGAAUAUUUUUACAAUUUGACAGUAUGGCAAUAUAAUAUAAUAUAAUAUAAUAUAAUAAUCCCAGACCACCAUGCAUAACUGAACUGAACACACACACACACAUAGAUAGAUAGAUAGUCCUAAGAGGGGAAUGACAGGGACAUGACAGUUUUCAGUCAGAUGUUUGGCAUUUGCCUGGGCAGCUGUUAUUUUAACUUUAUUUCCAAAAUGUAAUAUGUUUUAGAACAUAUUUUGGUAACCACUGUUAUAACAUAUGGUAUAUAUUGAUAUUUACGGAUCUGCUUAAGAAAAGCGGGUCAAAUGCCCCGCAAUACCCCGCAAAAAUAGUAAUACAUAUGUGUGUGUGUUUGCAUGACUAGAGGCCGCUGCAGGACUCAGGUGUCACUGCCACGCGCUUAAUGACAACAGAUACGGCAUGAUGAAUUUGCCAGGAGAGUGUGGAUGAGAAAAACAGACAGGGACGAGUGGUGAAUGAACGAGCAGACAAGAAAAAGUGAGAAAGACGUAAGUGUGACUUUGCAUUUGUUUGUAUGUGAGUAUGCCAGGGAAUGGGGAUUGCUCAAUGCCAAAUGGACGAAGGGGUGAAGGAGGUGCUGGUGUGUGUGUGUGUGUGUGUGUGUGUGUGUCUUUAAAGUAAGUUAUGGACUAUAAGCGGCUGCUUAAGGAGAAGGAAGAUCUUGGUCAGCACAUUGCUUCAGGUCAUCAAGAGGACAUGAAAAUGCACUAUGACAGUGUGGGCAAGUUUAGAUCAUUAAUACCAGGAGCAGAGCGCACGACACACGUACAUGGUCUGUACGCCACUUUAAAUAGUGCAUGCUUUCGAGAACAGGUUAUGGGUUUGUUUUUGUAUUUUUCAUGAUUUUCAUUAUUGCGAAAUACUGACACAGUACAGCUGGGCUAUACCUCGAUAUAGUAAAAUAUAUUAGUCACUUUGCCACCUGUAACUCAUGCAUUAUUCAUUAAGAUAGUGUGAAAGAAGGGAUGAUGUUACAAUUGCAUGUGCAGAUCCCCCCUGUUGGUGAUGGACACACUGUGUGAACUCUACAAAUUAGUGUCAAAGUUCUAAGGUUCAGACUUAUGUCUCUUCUAUGUGUAUGACCUGUCUGAGUUUGGUGUAAGGACAUAAAAUACACCUUGGAAAGCCACAUGUCUCAAGUAAUCAGGCGCCUGAGUGUCGUAACUGUCUCACAGCAGAGAUGUAGUUAAACACAGGGCUGUAUUCUCCUGCCAGGACACCAUUCCAUUCAGAAGAAUUACCACUUGGUCUAAUGCUCAGGAUCUGGUUGUCACGGUGACAGCGAGCAGACAGGUAUCUGAAAGGAAACACUUGUAGCUCUUCAACCUCUCUCCUUCAGUUUCCCGUUCAUGUACAUAGAUCAGCUGAAAUAUAGUUAGUGUGUGGUUGAGUGUUUCAUUCUUAUCAGCAGAUGCUUCAUUAACAUGGCACGAUGUUAAAGACAAGCUGAUGAUCGUAUGUUGAUGGCUGGAGAUAGCUGAGCUUUGGGAGAUCACGCUGAAGGGGCAAAGUCAUUGAGACAAAGGAAAAGGUGUCUUUUUGCCUUGUUGUCACUAUAUCCAUUGCAGGAUGCCAGAGAGAGUUUUUCAGUUUCAUGGUCAGAACUAUCACAAGCUGAAGCGAGCAUGUUUGCGGCAUGGAGCUCUUUUUAAAGACCCACACUUUCCUGCCUGUAAUCAGUCACUGUUCUACAAGAGAACACCACCUCCAGGACUCACAUGGAAAAGACCACGGGAAAUGUGUAAAGACCCAAGACUUUUUGUGGAUGGAAUCAGUACCAGAGAUCUUCACCAGGGCAGUUUGGGGAACUGCUGGAUGGUGGCAGCUACUUCCUGUCUUGCAACAGAGCCAUCACUUUGGAAGAAGGUCAUCCCAGAUCACACGGAGCAGGAGUGGAACCCCAAGCGACCACACCUGUAUGCAGGAAUUUUUCACUUUCGCUUCUGGCGUUUGGGUCAGUGGAUGGAUGUGGUGGUGGAUGAUCGCUUACCAGUCAGUGAAGAUGGAACUCUGCUCUUCUGUCGCUCAGCCACACCACGAGAGUUUUGGAGCGCCCUGCUGGAGAAAGCUUAUGCCAAGCUAAAUGGCUGUUAUGAAGCCCUAGAGGGUGGAAACACUGCAGAAGCUCUGGUAGAUUUUACUGGAGGAGUAUCUGAACCACUGAGUUUAGAUGGAAAGACUUUGAUUCAACAUAGCGACCAAAGGAGAGCGCUCUUUCAGACACUGUCUAGAGCACACAUGUGUAAAGCUCUCAUCACAUGCUCCAUACGGCCAGCAGAAGGAGAGCAGAUUGAAUCUGUGCUGGAAUGUGGUUUAGUGAAGGGUCACGCAUAUGGGGUAACAGCAUUUAAGAAGAUCCGAGUUGGGGAAAAUAUGCUAGCUGUUUGUGGAACAUCAAGGCUGUACAUGGUGCGCAUGAGAAACCCAUGGGGCACAGCAGACUGGACAGGAACUUGGAGUCAAGGGUCACUUCAAUGGCAGCAGGUGGGCCGCUUCGAGAGAGAGAAGAUGGGGCUGAUUGCCAGAGAUGUGGGAGAAUUUUGGAUGGAGUUUGAAGACUUCUGCCACUACUUCACAGAUAUGGUGGUGUGCAGGCUGGUGGAACGAUGCUUGUUCUGGCAUUGGGGUCACUGGAGAGAGACUCAUUGUACUGGAGAGUGGACUCAUGCUCCUGUAGACUCAGCAAGACCAUCUGCUUCUAGAUCCUUCAACACCAAGAAGGUCUUCUUAAGUUCCCGACGGGCUCUUCCAGCUGCUGUCCCAAGAGGAGACAGGCAAGAAGAAAGACUGAGUGAAAGGCAGCUGCAUGAAAGAAGGGACCACAUAGUAAUUGAGAAGAAACCUGGGCCAACACAAAGUGGAGAGAGAACAACAAAGAAGAAUGAAGACGAAUUUCAGGGAAAUGAGGAAAGAGUGGUGGAUGAAAGAUGGGAGAAAGAGAUGGACAAGAGAAGUAGGUGUGGUGGAUGUAUUAACCACAGAGAAACAUUUCUUCAUAAUCCUCAGUUCAUGUUCGAUUUGGGAGGAGAGGGGGAUGAGGUGCUCAUUUGCCUGCAACAAGAAGACCGAAGGAUGAAACGGAGGGAAGGAGGAGGGGAAAAUCUCCCAAUUGGCUUUGAGGUGCUAAGGAUCGAGAUGAACCGUGUGAGUAGAGUGCAGUGUUUUAAUGAGCAGGCAGCCAGUUCAGUCUACAUGGACUCACGUAGUAUUACCCUGCGUGUAACUCUUGACCCUGGGCGCUACGCCCUUCUACCCACCACCUUCCAGCCUGGGUUUACUGGACGCUUUCUUCUACGCCUCUUCUCACACACACAUGUCAAACUCAGGGAGCUAAAGGAGGAGGUGCCUGCUCACUCCCUGUGGCAGUGUUGUAUGCCUCAGCCAUGUGCUGUUGUUACAGUGCACCUUCACAGAGCCUCCACAUUCAACAAGCCCAAACAGCCAGCUCCAGAUGUAUAUGCUCUCAUAAAGUGUGAGGAGUACACUAUACGGACACGUGUCUUUAAAAAAAAUGGAAGUCCUGAAUUUAACACUAAAGCCAUUUUCUACAGAAGGAAACCUAGGAGGAAAAUCUGCAUAGAGAUAUGGGGAAGAGGUUUGCUAUUUGACUCCUUCCUGGGAAGAGCUAAUUUUCAAACAGGGGCCAGUGAACAUGGACGGACCAGAGUGAUUGAACUGCAAGGUGGUCAGUCUCCUGGGUGCAUCUAUGUAGAGACUUCCACAAGUCAGUGCCUGACAGAAUUAUGACUUUUUUAUUCAUUUAUACAGUGGAACUAGGCUAUUACUAAAAUCUGAAACAGACUAGAAAAGCCAGCUUGGGACCAGACAUUUGCAAGUUUCACCUUUAGAGUCUGGUGUUGUCAUGCACUUGUCUGCUAAUGAAUGUUUUUUGUUGAAAUUGUAAGGCAGGAAUGUAGGUCAGCCUGGCCUUAAUCUAACAGGAAAAUUGUAGUCAAUGAAAAUGUUGUUGAUCAUUGGUACAUGUCUCAUUAGUCCAAAGACAGUAAAAGGGCUCUUGUUAAUGUGUUCUAGGCUUCAUAAAUGUAACACUUAGGUGAGGUAGCAUAGGUAUCUGCUGGUCAGAUAUUAAAAGAAAACAUUUUCAUUUAUUUUAGGAUGCUGUUUCUGUUGAUAAUAGUGUUUAUGUAACCAGGCCUCUAAAAACUUUCAUAAUUACUGUUAAGCAGAUCUGUUUUUUUUGUUUGUUUUUAAUAAAUUUUUAAACAACAUCA